AUGUCGGCCGAUUUGGAAAAUCAGCAGCCUAAAGAACACCAGCUUUUAGUCGAUACCGACGCGGGCCUCGACCCCAACCAGAGCCGGAGCCAGCUGCAGCUGAACUUGCCGCUGCAACAAGACACGGGCGUCACCAGAGUGCGCUCGCAAGGCGAAUACAUCCAGUUUGGCAAUGAAAAGUACUUGCGUUCCGACUUGAUGAGCGCCUUUGGCGGUACGUUGAACCCCGGUUUGUCUCCACCACCCAAGCACGACUUUGCCAAUCCCGCGCCCUUGGGCUUGAGUGCGUUUGCCUUGACGACCUUUGUGUUGAGCUUGAUCAACUGCGAGGCGCGCGGCGUGAAGAUCCCCAAUAUCGUUGUUGGUUUGGCGUUUUUCUAUGGUGGUGCUGCCCAGUUGAUUGCUGGUAUGUUUGAGAUUGCCGUGGGCAACACUUUUGGUGGCGUUGCCUUGAGUUCGUAUGGUGGCUUUUGGUUGUCGUGGGCAGCGUUGCACGUGCCCUCAUUUGGCGUUGCUGCCGCUUACGUUGGCCAAGAAGACCAGCUCAAGUAUGCUCUCGGGUUAUAUUUGGUUGCUUGGUUUAUCUUUACGUUUUUCAUGAUGCUAAUGACUUUGAAGUCGACGGUGGCGUUCUUUAUGGUGUUUUUGUUGCUUUCUAUCACGUUUUUACUAUUGGCUAUUGCCGAGUUCAACGGCCACACUGCCGUGAAAAAGGCUGGCGGUGUCUUUGGCUUGUUGACGGCGUUUGCUGCUUGGUACAAUGCCUAUGCUGGUAUGGCUACCCACCAGAACAGCUACAUUACAGUGAAGGCCAUCGAGUUGCCAGACUUGGAAGAGAAGUACAAGAAGCAUUAA